AUGUUUUUAUAAUAACAUAGAAAAAAAUCUCAACCUUCUUUGGUUGCUUAUUAUGAAUUUAAAAUUGAGGAAAUUCAAUGUUACCCUUCAUAAAGAGUAGUAAUUACAGAAAUGAAUACAAAGAAUUAUGCCAAUUUAAGGAUUGGAACAUCUAGUCCAAUAGGGUCUAAAAGUAGAAUCAAAACUCUACCUCCUUUAAAAAAAGAAAAAAUUUUACCAUUUGAACAUGAUUAUAACACUGCUUAUAGAACAAUGUUUAGCUAAAGAAAUCUUUUCAAUCUAAUUAGUGGAAAAAACAAAUGA